CUCAGCACUUACGUACCCAUCACUGAUUACAUCAACCUUGGCGACCUUAUCCAUCACCUUCCUUUCCCUCGGGGUCACGCUUCGCCUCAGCACACAUACACACACACACACCCGCGCAACAUACCCACCGGGACGAGCCCCCAAAACACCCGCGACCUUCAAAUCCGCCAACCGGGCCCCAAGACAGUCAGAUCUACUCGACCAGGCCAAAUCUCGAGCGCUUCCACGCCGCCGUACACGCACAUUACCCAUAUUCAACGUUGCAACCCAUCGCAUUCGCCCAACCGACAACGACGACGACGACGACGACGACGACGACGACUACAUUUCGCCUGA